GCAGAUGAUGAAAGAGGCAGUGUAUAUUCUCACCUUAAACGCACUUCUUGUUUUGCGCUGAAAUAAAUGCCUUUUUUUGACAGAAACGUGCAAAAAGGUAAGUGAUCUAAAAACUUUAAUGCUGCUCAGUAUUUCUAGGGUAUUAUUUUGCUCAAACCAGUCAUGUUGUGUAUAAUUCGUUUUUUUGACCUGCAGGAGUAAUACCCCACCAUAAGUGUUGAUCACAUAACAAAAGAUAUGGUUGUUAAUGUUGUAAAAGGUGCCAUAUAAACAAGGUGUAGUGAGUAAUACAACUUGUUUUGUUAUUAAUUAAAGUCUGUUUUUCCAUAUCAUACAUUAUACAUUCACAGGUUAUUGAUUGGUCUGUGUGAGGUAUGACUUUCUUGAGCUCACUAUGUCUGCAUCCCUUUUUGGGUUCAUGUCCAGUUUCAGUAAAUUAAGUUAGCCAGCUAAUUCUCAUGUGAUAACGGCAUCUUUUGUGCUCGCAGUGAUUUGGCUUGUGGAGUCUGGAGGAUCAGCCCGACUCUUCACAUUUGGAGAGCUUGGGUGCUAAGACCUCAACAUGGACAAACCAGAGAAGGGUGAGCCCGCUGACCUCAAGAUGAGCGAGUCUGGGAAGAAAUCUGGAAAGCACAUCACAGCCUGUCUGUUUAGCGCUGCCUUCUUCGGGGCCCUGGGGUCAUCGUUCAUUUAUGGCUACAACCUCUCUGUGGUCAACGCCCCGGCGCUGUACAUUAAAGCAUUCUAUAAUAAGACCUGGAUUGAGAGGUAUGGGGCACCCAUCGCAGCAGAGACAGCCACCCUCCUCUGGUCCAUCACAGUGUCCAUAUUUGCCAUCGGAGGCCUUCUUGGAGCGCUUUGUGUCCCUUUACUCGUCAAAGUUCUGGGAAGAAAGGGAACCUUGCUGCUGAAUAACAUUUUCGCCAUAAUCGCUGUCUUGAUGCUGUCCCUGGGUGAGAGGGCGAAAUCUUUUGAGAUGCUCAUCAUUGGCCGACUAAUAAUUGGGGUUGACUCUGGUGUGGCUCUCAGCGCUCUCCCCAUGUACCUUGGAGAAAUCACACCAAGACACAUCAGAGGGUCCAUUGGACAGUUCAACUCCAUCUUGAUCUGUCUGGGAGUGUUCACAGGACAAGUGCUGGGCCUGCCUGAGCUGCUUGGACAGGAGUCAAGGUGGAACUUCCUGUUUUCCUUCCUGGCCCUUCCCGCAGUUCUGCAGCUGUGUGUGCUGCCCUUCCUGCCUGAGAGUCCCCGCUACCUGCUGAUGGAGAGGAGGGACGAGGCUGCAGCAGAGAGAGCCUUUCAGAGGUUUUUGGGGAAGAAAGAUGUGUCCCAGGAGCUGGAAGAGGUCCACGCGGAGGCUCGAGCUCAAGACAACCUGCACGCUGCGUCUGUGUUACAGCUGCUGAGGAGCCCUGCUGUUCGCUGGCAGCUCAUCACCAUCAUCAUCACCAUGGCCUGUUAUCAGCUCUGUGGCCUCAAUGCAAUCUGGUAUUACACCAGCGGGAUUCUUCGAGAGGCAGGUUUUGCCGAGAACAUCAUCCCCUAUAUCACGCUAAGCACUGGGGCCAUAGAGACUCUGGCUGCUAUCGUCUCUGGCCUAGUGAUUGAACGAAUUGGGAGGAAGCCCCUCCUCAUCUUCGGCUUCUCUGCCAUGGCCUUCUUCUUCAGCCUACUCACAGUGUUCCUCAAUUUCCAGAACAGCGUAUCAUGGAUGCCGUACCUCAGUUACAUCUGUAUCCUGGCUGUGAUCGCCUCUUUUUGCUCCGGGCCAGGUGGCAUCCCUUUUGUUCUGACUGGAGAGCUGUUUGAACAGUCCUAUCGACCUGCCGCCUUUGUGAUUGCAGGCACCGUUAACUGGCUGUCCAACUUUGCUGUUGGCCUUCUUUUCCCAUUCAUUCAGGAGAAGCUGCAGUCCUUUGCCUUCCUGGUGUUUGUGGUGGUCUGCAUCCUGGGAUCCAUCUACCUCUACUUCGUGCUCCCUGAGACCAAAAAUAAGACAUUUAUCGACAUCAGUCAGAGCUUUGCCAAAAUCAACAAAAUCCCAGUUCCAACCCCCGGCCAUGAAAUGGAGCUGGUUCUGUCCAUCACGCCUGACUCUAAUGGAAAAGUCCAAGACAUCGUAAAGAUGGAGAGCUCAUUUUAACUGAACCAACUUAACUAAUAGUGGAUAUGCAGUGUUGAAAUAUAAAUUUGAGUAUUUUUUAUUUGUACGUAUUUAUUUAGUUGAUGAGAACAAUGAUGUGAGAAUGCAUGUUUUGAAUGUAUGUUGGUUUUGUACACAUUUUUUAUGACUGGAAUAUUUAGAAAUGUUACAGUAUUUCAGUUUACAGAAACUGUGUUCUUUUUUAACUGAAACAUGCAGGUAAGGAGAUUUUAUGUUCUGUUUAAUAUUCAUCCACCAGCAUAAAAGACUCAAUGCAACAGCCAUGCAUUGUUGAAGUUAUUCAGCAGGUAUACAGGAAUAAUUUCAGGGAUGUAGGGAGCAAACAUAAAAUAUUUAUGUUGAGUGUACUCUAUGUCUCCAUAAACCUUCAUUAAAAAGCUGUUGUGGAGAAAUAUCACUAUUUUUUUUUUUUUUUUUUGGUUGUGGCAAAAACAUGCUGUAAACAAAACACUGAUAUGUUAUAACCCUGUGGUGUAAAGGAUAUAUUUCCAACAAUUUAGCAACCAGUGCUGCAUCCCCCGCUGUUUUGGAGGAGCAUUGGCAUU